CGGAACAAAUGCAUGGCUAGUACGCUGAAGGGCUUAUGUAUUGACACCGUACCAACACUUUUAACUAUAUUCCUGGUGAGGCAUGUGCUUGUUCUGGAACGAAAUAACUGAAGACUGUGUAUAAACAGAUGCAUUAGUCAAGUAAUGAAGGCAACCCUGAAGGCACGUAUCUCCCUUCUGACGAAACAUGCUGCUGGGAUCAGAUGAAGCUACAGAUGACAUGGCCAAAGUCAAAAGAAUGCAUGAACUGAUGAGAAACGGCAUUGCCUUCUGAGAACAUUAGCUUCCUAGUUGCUGGAGAUCCUAAGUGCUACUUUACUACCAAAAGAGACCCUGACAUUACAUGAUCAUUGAGCAGAGUUUGCAAGAAUGGAAAAGCAAAGGACCUUGCUAGCUGCAUCUCAUAAAUAAAAAUUUCCAAGAUUCAGCUGAAUCGAAAAAUUAUUCCAGCCAUGGGAGAAAAUGCAAGUUUUUGGGAAAGUCUGAUAUAUGCACAUCCUACAUGUACCACCUGGAAGCAAGAGGCAGAGGGAUCUAUCUACCACCUAGCCAGUAUUCUCUUUGUUGUGGGCUUCAUGGGUGGAAGUGGAUUCUUUGGGCUUCUCUAUGUCUUCAGCUUGCUUGGAUUGGGCUUUCUCUGCUCUUCUGUUUGGGCUUGGCUGGAUGUCUGUGCUGCCGAUAUAUUCUCCUGGAAUUUUAUACUGUUUGGUAUAUGCUUCGUCCAGUUCAUUUACGUUACCUACCAAGUUCGGAGUGUUUCCUUUGACAGAGAAUUCCAGGAACUCUACAGCACUCUCUUCCAGCCUCUGGGAAUUUCCUUGACUGUCUACAGGAAGAUCGUCUUGUGCUGCGAUGCAGAAGUGGUUACCCUGGAGAAGGAACACUGUUAUGCCAUGCAGGGCAAAACACCUAUUGAUAAACUGUCCUUGCUUGUGUCAGGCAGGAUCAGAGUGACAGUUGAUGGGGAGUUUCUGCAUUAUAUUUUUCCUCUUCAAUUUCUGGAUUCUCCUGAAUGGGAUUCACUGAGGCCCACAGAAGAGGGAAUUUUCCAGGUAACACUUACAGCAGAGACAGAUUGUCGGUACGUGGCCUGGAGAAGAAAGAAGCUGUAUCUGCUGUUUGCUAAACACCGUUUCAUCUCCCGCCUGUUCUCAAUUUUAAUUGGGAGCGACAUUGCUGAAAAACUGUACGCCUUGAAUGACAGAGUGCACGUGGGGAAAGGCUUUAGGUACGACAUUCGGUUACCAAACUUCUACCAUGUUUCACUGCCAGAGACCCCUCCGGUGCAGCCCUCCCACCACCUACAGAGAGGGUCCCCCCGGCGCAAGCUCACAGGGGUUACAAACUGCGGCUCCUUCAGCACACAGUCCUAGGAAGGGAGACUCUGCUGCAGCCAUUCCCCAAAAUGAUGAAGGGAAAUGCAAAGUGGUGAAGCAGAAGAGCAGAAAGAUGAAGCAGAAUGAGACCCAGUCAAGCCAAAUUUGACUGACAAGUGCCAUUUACUUUCAUUGGAGUAGCUUGAAUUCUUCCUCUCUAAAGCCAGCGGGUUGGCUUCCGCAUUUUGACUGUUUGUGCAAUAUGUUUAGUUUCUGUUGACACUUUUGUUGAUCUUCAUCUCCAUACUUUUGGAGGAAAACAAAUCAUAACAGGCUGAAGUUUUAUUGUAAUUGUGGUGGCCUCUGUGUUGUGUUUUUAAAAAAACCAAACCCACGGUAUUUGUAAUUAUACUUUCUCAAAGUUAUUUGCCAUAAUGAAGUAUAGUCAGUAUAGUCAAUGAAAACAAGUAAGUUGUCUUCAAAAUACAGCAACUUGCUUGUAACAUUCAUGUUUAUGCCAUGUGAACAUCGUCUCAAUUAACAUGAAGAAUAUUGCAGAAAAAGACCAAGAGACCGAUUGUAUUGGUUUUGUUUUUUAAAGAAAGAUUUUGAAAUGCACAGCAAGAUUCUUAAAAAACAAACAAAAGAAAACGACAAAUUCUGUCCCAUGAGCGAUUGGUUUCUCUCUGACUAUCCUAAAGAGGUAUUAUGUGAAAACAAACAUAAAUGUAAUUGCUGGCAUUAGAAAAGUAAAGCAGUUGUAACUGCUGCAAAUAUAGCUUAGGGAAAUGAUUGUGUAAUGUUUCUGAUAGAGUGUGAUGUUAUAGGACCUAGGCUUCCACGGUGUCAGUGCCAUUCGUGACAUGUACAAUAAAUGCUGUUAAUCAAUCAACUGCC